UGUAUUGUCAUAAAUAGAGCCGGUUCUGUGGGGUUUUUGCUACUCGGUUGAAUGCCUCGGCCGUAGUAACUCAGAAAGUGAGAGAGUAAGCGAGCUACAAGCGACCGGAGGAAAGUGGACGGGGAAGAAGGGAACAGCAGGAACAGGACUCCAGAGCGAAAGACACUCGCUGGAGAGGGAGACGCAGGAAGCGAUGAAAGAGAUGUCUGCAAACACCGUGCUGGACAGCCAGCGUCAACAGAAGCAUUAUGGAAUUACCUCUCCAAUUAGUUUGGCAUGUCCUAAAGAAAUUGAUCAUAUUUAUACACAGAAAUUAAUUGAUGCCAUGAAACCAUUUGGAGUGUUUGAAGACGAGGAAGAAUUGAACCACAGGCUGGUUGUUCUUGGUAAAUUGAACAAUUUAGUAAAAGAAUGGAUUUCUGAUGUCAGUGAGAGUAAGAAUCUCCCACCUUCUGUUGUGGCUACUGUUGGUGGUAAAAUUUUCACAUUUGGAUCCUACAGGCUUGGAGUACACACCAAAGGAGCUGACAUUGAUGCACUUUGUGUAGCUCCAAGACACGUGGAAAGGUCUGAUUUUUUUCAGUCUUUUUUUGAGAAAUUGAAACAUCAAGAUGGCAUUAGAAACUUAAGAGCUGUUGAAGAUGCUUUUGUACCUGUUAUAAAAUUUGAAUUUGAUGGUAUCGAAAUUGAUCUAGUCUUUGCAAGACUGGCAAUACAAACCAUAUCAGAUAAUUUAGAUCUAAGAGAUGACUCUCGCCUAAGAAGCCUUGAUAUAAGGUGUAUUCGCAGCUUGAAUGGAUGUAGAGUUACUGAUGAAAUUUUACAUUUAGUGCCAAAUAAAGAAACUUUUAGACUCACCCUAAGAGCGGUCAAAUUAUGGGCAAAACGACGUGGUAUUUAUUCCAACAUGCUGGGAUUCCUUGGUGGUGUCUCCUGGGCAAUGCUAGUUGCAAGAACUUGCCAGUUAUAUCCAAAUGCAGCUGCUUCUACUUUAGUUCAUAAGUUCUUCUUAGUUUUCUCCAAGUGGGAAUGGCCAAAUCCAGUGCUACUGAAGCAACCAGAAGAAAGCAAUUUGAAUUUGCCUGUCUGGGAUCCUCGGGUAAAUCCAUCAGAUAGGUAUCAUCUCAUGCCCAUAAUCACCCCUGCCUACCCACAACAGAAUUCUACGUAUAAUGUGUCCACCUCAACUCGAACAGUAAUGGUAGAAGAAUUUAAACAAGGUCUCGCAGUCACAGAUGAAAUUCUUCAAGGAAAAUCAGAUUGGUCCAAACUACUUGAGCCACCAAAUUUCUUUCAGAAGUAUAGACAUUAUAUAGUAUUGACUGCCAGUGCAUCAACAGAAGAAAACCAUCUAGAGUGGGUUGGAUUAGUAGAAUCUAAAAUUCGUGUACUUGUUGGAAACUUGGAGCGGAAUGAAUUUAUUACUCUUGCCCAUGUGAAUCCCCAGUCAUUUCCAGGAAAUAAGGAACAUCAUAAAGACAACAAUUACGUAUCAAUGUGGUUCCUCGGAAUAAUUUUUCGGAGAGUAGAAAAUGCAGAAAGUGUUAACAUAGACUUGACAUAUGAUAUACAGUCAUUUACUGAUACAGUGUACAGACAGGCAAACAAUAUAAACAUGCUAAAGGAGGGAAUGAAAAUUGAAGCAACUCAUGUAAAGAAAAAACAACUUCAUCAUUACCUUCCAGCAGAGAUUCUUCAAAAAAAGAAAAAGCAAAGUCUCUAUGAUAUCAAUCGAAGUUCAGGUGGACUUCAGUCCAAAAGAUCAUCUCUGGAUAGCAAUUGUCUGGAUAGUUCCAGAGACACUGAUAAUGGGACACCUUUUAAUUCUCCAGUGUCUACAAACAAACCUUCCAAGUCUGAUAGUCCUCCUGCAGGAGAAACGGAAAGGAAUAGUGCUGAGCCUGCUGCUGUAAUUGUAGAGAAGCCACUGAGUGUCCCACCAGCUCAAGGACUAUCUAUUCCAGUCAUUGGUGCAAAAGUUGACUCUACAGUAAAAUCUGUAUCGCCCCCAGCUGUGUGCACCAUUCCUACUGUAGUAGGACGAAAUGUCAUUCCUAGAAUCACAACACCCCACAACCCUGCCCAGGGACAGCAUCUAAAUGGAAUGUCAAAUAUUACUAAGAACGUUACAACCAAGAGAUCCCAUUCCCCAUCCAUAGAUGGGACUUCUAAGAGGUUGAAAGACAUAGAAAAGUUCAUUCGACUUGAAUCAACAUUUAAGGACUCCCGUGCUGCUGAAGAGAGAAAAAGAAAACCAGUGGAUGCCAUUGGAGGAGAAUCUAUGCCUAUUCCAACUAUUGAUACAUCACGCAAAAAGGGGGGUUGCUGCCAUGCACUGCACAGCCUAGCCCCACAGAGACUACCCAGUAAAGAACUACCAGACUCAUCAUCUCCAGUUCCAGCAAAUAACAUCCGUGUCAUCAAAAAUUCCAUUCGACUGACCCUUAAUCGGUAAAAGCAGUGCCUCCUCACUUAAGUGAACAUACAAUCAUGUAGUGGCAUAGACGCAACCACUCUUAUUAAAAUAGAAGUGGCUGUCAUACAUAAAAUAAGGUGAAAGUUACAGUCAUCAGCCUAGCGACCUUGAAGUGGUUUUUCAACUCUCACACUUUGACCUGCAGAUGCUGUAGCAUUCUGUCACUGAUUGCUACAUAUACUUCUCUGAGGAUCACCUGCUGUCAAAUUGUCAUCUACAAUAUUAUGGUUUUGCAUUUGGAGGUUUUACUGCCUUAACUUUUGAUGCUUGUUUCUCUGUUAUGGGAACCAGUUCUUGGCCACCUGGACACUGAUAAAGCAAGUCCUGAACUCCUUUUUUUUUUUUUUUUUUAAAGUCUCAUGUUGUAAUCAUUGUAUAGAGCUGAAAAAGUUGAAAAAAAAAUUGUCUUGUAAUUUUCCAAGUGUUAACACAUUUACUUCAGCAUUGAAGCCACUUUGUGAAACCUGAGAUAAAUGAAUGUGAGGUAUCUUUUCUGCUUUCCUCAUUUGUGUAGAUGUACUGUCCUGUUGAUUUAAAUUAUUUUUUCCAGAUUGGCACAUGGAAUAUUUAAACUUUUAUUUUUUUUGUGCCUUUCUGUCCAAAUGUUGCAUAAUUACCAGGGAGGAUUAGUCCAGUGAUUACAUAAGAGUUGGGCACCAUAAAUUCUCUAUAUUUUGCCUCCCAUGGAGGCCUUAGAAAUGCAUCUUUAUUAAAAAUUAAAAUAUAACCAGGAUACUGAAAGUCAGUAUAUGAAUGGUAAAAUUGUUACAUAUCCUAUCUCAUGUCAUUCUUGUUAGUUGAUUGGUAUUUUUUACUGAGGAGCAACUCAUUUCAGCAUCAACAAUAAGAUACCUUUAAGUAUGGCAAACUUGUAUUUUUGAGAUGUAAAAUUAACUCAGCAUGAUAAUUCCUGACCAUUACUUACCCCACAACUUCAAACAGUUUCUUCACGGACUAGGCAUGCAGAAAUAAGCAGUGGAUUUUAUUGAAACCUAAAGGCAUUUUUGAAUGACAUUGUUACCAUUAAUUGGCUCAGGACCUUUGUAAUUUUUAUUUAACUAUAUGAGUUGUCUUUUUUUACACUGCUUUUUUCAAUGCAUUUCUUAAUAUUUUUUUAAGUUUCAUGAAUGCAUGCUCAGUUUAUUAAAAUCCAUAACCAUGUAAUUCUUGUAA